CCGGAAGUGGAAGAUGGCGGCGGCCGAGGAAGACGAGGAAGAUUUUGUGUAUUUGGGCACCCCGCUGGAACCGCUUGACGGUAAGGGACCCUCUGUGAAGAAACCAGUUCCUCUGCAGGACCAGACUGUGAAGGAUGAAAAGGGACGAUACAAGCGCUUUCAUGGUGCAUUCACCGGGGGAUUCUCUGCAGGGUAUUUCAACUCUGUGGGCUCAAAGGAAGGAUGGACACCUUCAAGCUUUGUGUCUUCACGACAGAAAAAGGCAGAGAAGCAGCUGCUCAGCCCUGAGCACUUCAUGGACGAAGAGGAUCUUGAGGAGCACGGCAUUGCACCGAGGAGAAUCGUGACUACGGGAGAGUUUGCCUCCAAGGCGACAGACAGGCUGCAGGAGAAGUCCCGGGCUUUGGCGAGUGUAAUGGGUCCAAUUCCUGGGGCCACCAUCUUGGAGGACCUGAUCUGCCUGGCAAAGAUAACAAUUGGCAUGCAGCUGCUGCGGAAAAUGGGCUGGAAAGAGGGCCAAGGAUUAGGACCACGUGUGAAGAGAAAAGCUCAAAGACAGCAGACUGAUACUGGUGUGAAGGUGUAUGGCUGUUCCCUGCCCGAUAAAGAUUUGCAACAAUCACAGGAAGAGCACGAGGAGGACUAUCUUCCUGAAAACAUUACCUUUGCACCAAAAGACGUAACACCGAUGGACUUCAUACCGAAGGAUGACCAGCGUGGGCUGGGAUACAGUGGAAUUGAUCCUCGCAGGGCUUUGUAUGGGCUGCCCACAGAGGAGCUUGACAGUGUGUUCAACACAGACUCCAACCGGUCUCACAGCCUUCUGGGUGAUGUCCAGUCCAGCAGGGAGAGGAAAAUUGGGAUCACUGGUCAGGCGUUUGGUGUCGGGGCUCUGGAGGAGGACGAUGAUGAUAUCUAUGCCAGGGAUUCACUCUCGCGCUAUGAUUCAGUGUUGGGUGAGGUGGAGUCGGGAGACGGACUCUAUGGAUGGACUGCUCCACAAAUCCACAGGAAGGCAAAAGGCUCAGAUAUUCCGACAGGAUACAUCGGCAAGCUGCUGGAGGGUUUCACAUUGGGAUCCAAGCUGCCCAAAUCAAUGAAGGUAUACGGGCCUCCAGAACUGCCCAGGGAUUACCGACCUGUUCACUACUUCCGGCCAGUGGUGUCUUCGGGUGCCGUUAGCACUACAGUGGCACAGGCCCUGAUGGAAUCGACAGGGCAGCUCAGCAGUGACACAACCACAAAGAGCCGUCACCAGCUGAAUGCAGCUCAGCGCAGAGAACUGCUUGGAGAGAGAGCCCUGCCAGGACCCUGCUCAGUGUUUGAUCUCCUUGCUGAAGAGGAUAAGUUGAGACUACAGGAGGUGCAGCGAACAGCGAGCCAUGUUCCCAGCCCACACCCGCCUCCGUCACUGCCCUCCCAGCCCAGCAGCAGUGAGUGCUCAGCCAGAUCCAGUGAGUUUAAACCCUUCUUGAAGGACCCUGAGAAGCAGAAGCGGUACGAGGAGUACCGGAGGAAGCUGAACGCUGGCCAUCAUGAUGCCCUGAACAGCAGCCUGGACCCCAGCAUGACGGAAUGGGAGCAGGGACGCGAGCGGGAGGAAUUCAGCCAAGCUGCAGCUCUGUAUCGCCCCGUCAGCACCUCGUUGUCCUCCCGCUUCACUCGUGCCAAGCUGCCGGAUGACACGGACCAGGUGGAGGUCCCGGAACAGCAAGAGGGUGACGUCAAUGACAAGAAGGCUGCAGUGAAAAUGAAGAUGUUUGGGGCUCUGACCAGAGACAAGUUUGAGUGGCAUCCUGACAAACUGCUCUGCAAACGGUUCAAUGUCCCAGACCCCUACCCUGGGUCAACAGUUGUUGGACUGCUUAAGGUGAAACGAGACAAGUAUUCGGUGUUCAACUUCUUAAUGGCUCCCUCUGUUCCUGCAUCCAGUGGGACGGAGCCAACAAAGGGAUCUGGACAGUCAAGUACAUCAUCUAAAGCUCCUGAAUUGAAGCGAAGGUCCAGGUGGGACCUGUCAGCAGAGGACAAGGGGAAAGGUGCUACUGGACAGCCUCGGGCUGUGGCUGGACCUGAAACAGUGCCGGAAAGCAGCUCAGUUCUGCCACAGGGAAAGAAACCUGGACACAGCCAGCAAAACCAACUGGAAGAUAAGGCAGAUUCUGAGGAGGAUGAGAAAAGCCGACUACCCAUGGACUUGUUCAAAGCCGUCUUUGCUAGCUCAUCAGAGGAACAAUCAUCAUCAUCCUCCUCUGACGAAGAUGACGAGGACAACAGUGAAAUAGAGGCUCCUCCUGAGCCACAAGAUGCUGUCUCGCCUGGACUACAAGCUAAUUCUACCAACGAUCAGCCAGAUUCGGUGAAGGAGGAGCUGGGUUUCAGAGCAAAAGGACAUGAUGGCACGACACGACCUGGGCAGUGCAAUCCACAGAUGUCUCCUGACACAGAGGAGUUUGGGCCUCGGCUGCCCCCAGCUCUGCUUCACGGAACCCCGGUGCCCGGAUCUUUAAGAGCAGAAGCACACAGUGGCAGCAGUCCCCCAUGCUCGGCCGACAGAGAGCGACAGAUGUACAGAAGCAGCACCUCACGCUCUGAGGAGAGAGAGCAAAAGAAACAUAAAGAUCGACAGAAAGCGAAGAAGCAGAAAAAGAAAAAGAAACACAAGAAGCACAAAGAGCGACGAAGAGCUAAAGGUCGGAGUCCAAGCAGCAGCAGUGAAGGGGUUGGAGGAGAAUCACGGUCCCCCCCUAUUGUGGAUCUGUUGCAGAGGUUGAAGAAGGUUCCACUGAUGCAUCAUUGAAACAGGGUGUGGAAAUGUCAGCCAUCAAUGACUGGAUCCCUCCGCUCUCCUGACCGGGCAGUCUGCGUAGUGACAGAGGCUGCUGACCGACAUUUCCUGCCUUGCACAGACUGAUCUCUCUCUCCCUCCUCCUUUCCAUGGUGCUGUUGCUUCGACUGACCCCCAGCCAGCAGUACCUUUCCUCUGUGGUGCAGCCGGUAACCUGUUCUCCAUCACUUUAAGGUUGGCUCGGGUAACAGCAGAUGAUACUGGCAGGAUUCAGCUGGUUGGAGAGAAGCAGCAUCGAUACUGUACCCCUCUUCAUUUAGCCUAGAUUGUGAAUCUCUUGUAUCGUGUAUCAGUGUUUGUAUAGUUUCUGACUAGAGACUUCACCAAUCGAGGCCAGCAAUGGCACAGUUUUAUUUAAAUUGUUUUAUUCAGAGAUGCAGCACGGUAACAGGCCCCUCCAUCCCAUAAGUGCCCGACGUCUAUUUAUACCCACGUGGCCAAGGAACAUACAGCAGGGUCUCAUCGUGACUAGCAUAAGGGAUUACAGUACCAGUGUUCGGAGUUCAGUUUCUGCCGCGUAUGUAAUUGGCUGGUGCAGCUUCAUUGGGCUUGAAUGGUUAAAUAAAAUGCUGUGUUGUUAAAUAAAAUAUAUGAAGGUAAUGUA